UCAUCUUGAAAGUAUGACGUAACAUCACAUUUUAACGCGCUACAACUUCACUUUAGUCGAAAUCACGUUUUUUAGCCGGUGUAAUAUAAGUUAAUAUUGAGAAAUUAAGGACGAACUGAAUUAAAUCUAUAAGAAAAUGAACAACAUUAUUAAAGUAGCGUCUCGUUUGACUGGAUUACGAGGUAUUUUGCAUCCAGUCAAGAAUGUGGUUUGCGCCAACACCAUCACACAGCAAAGACAAUUAACUAGGAAUCUCUGGUACAUGAGCAGUUCCCGCAACACCGACAAUGUUACUCCUUUCCAUAAACCCACUGAGCUUUGCAGCUGUGGAUGUGGCAAAGUUGGAGUUCAUACCAAAGGUGAAAGAGAAUUGGUUGAAUUCCUGGCUGAAGAGAUUCUAGCUGAACGUAAAGCACAGAAGUCCAAAACUAUUCCAACAGAAAUUGAUGGAUUCCAGGCUAAGUUGAAUGGUGCUGAGGUAUCUCUAUCUAAGAAAACAGAUGCAGAAACCAUUAACAUUAGAUUCAAUGUUAACCAUACAGUAGAUACUGAUCAUGAAGCUGAAAUGCAUCCAAAUAUGGAAAAACCAGACAUGGGAGAAUUGAAAUCUAAGCCCUCAUUCAAAGUUGACUUGAUCCGUGGUGAAACUACUGUCAGUCUUGUCUGUUCAUUUAUUGGACCAAAUGAACAAGAGGAAGGAUACAAUGAUGUCUUUGGCAUUGAUGAGAUCAGUAUUUACAAUGGAGAGUGGAAUGAAAAUGUAUAUGCUGUUUCUGGAGAAGUAGUAGACUCUUACUUAUAUGAUUUGCUGUUGAACUAUUUGGAGGAGAAGGGAAUUUCCAACGAAUUUGUUGAAAAGUUAUCAGAAUACAGCACAGCAUUUGAACAGUCUGCCUAUAUUGGUUUGCUUGAAGGAUUAUCUAAAUUCGCAUCGGGAAAAUAAAUAAUUUAAGUUUGUUGUUUUUAUAUAUGUUAAUGUCUGUAAUAGAUUUAGGUAACUCUUUCCAAUAAAAUUAAAAACUAAUACUAAG